GUGAGUGAGGAAGUAUCCAUCACGUCACUUUGAUUUUUUUUUUUUUCCAUGAAAAUUUCACAGCCCGCAAUUCUGCGCAAGUUCUUCAUUUUAUUCUUUCCUCUUUGCUCAUAGCGCAUGUGUUGAAGAAGAAUGAGAUAAGAUUGUGUGAUAGUAUGGAAAGCAGCCAAGUGAGUUUGAUAGGAUCAACCAUAUGUUUGAUGGUAACUCUGCAGCUGUCGAUACAGUUAGUAUCCCAGCAUUACUUAUCAUGGAACAACCCCAAAGAGCAGAAGGCCAUAGUCGUCAUCGUUCUCAUGGCUCCCUUGUACGCCAUCGACUCCUACGCGGGCUUCAUAGUCGUACAAGGGAGCUCCACUUUCUUCACUUUCCUCGACUCUGUCAAAGAGUGCUACGAGGCUCUAGUGAUGGCUAAGUUUCUGAGUUUGAUGUAUGCUUACCUCAACAUAUCCAUCAGCCAAAACAUAGUGCCUGAUCACAUCAAAGGAAGGGAAAUCCAUCACUCCUUCCCCAUCACUCUUUUCCAGCCUCACACGGUGCGAUUGGACCACAAAAACUUGAAGCUUCUGAAGAACUGGACAUGGCAGUUUGUGGUGAUCCGCCCUGUGUGCUCGGUGCUGAUGAUAGCGUUGCAGCUUCUCGGAGUGUAUCCGGAGUGGCUGAGCUGGACGCUCACCGUUAUCCUGAACGUCUCCGUCUCCUUGGCGCUCUACUCGUUGGUGCUGCUCCACCAUGUUUUCGCGAAGGAGCUGGAGGCGCACAAGCCGCUUGCCAAGUUCUUGUGCAUCAAGGGCAUCGUCUUCUUCUCCUUCUGGCAGGGAAUGGUGCUGGAUGUGUUGGUGGCGAUGGGGAUCCUUAAAUCGGAUAAGCUGGGGCUGGACGUGGAGCAUUUGGAAGAAGCAGUUGAAAAUGUGUUGGUGAUAGUGGAGAUGGUUUUCUUCUCUCUGCUCAUGCGAUAUGCAUACCCGCCUCAGCCUUACCGAACUGCAUCACUUACUCAAACCGAUACCAACAAAACAGAUUGAUCACCUCAUUUUCAACUUCCUUUUUUGUAUCCCUACAACUACUGUCAAAAUAGUUAGUGUGAGUGUCACAAAUUUUCAAAUCCCACAUCGGACUUGUUCGAACUCCCCAUUGAUUUGAAAAGCCUCAUUUUGGUCGGGCUGGCUAAUGUCUUUUUCAGCCCAACGAUUUGACAGCUCUAUCUCUAGACGAGUAGAACACCCCAAAACUUGUUGAUAUUUUUCUAUCACCCAAUGAGACACGAAAUACUAUUAACCCAAAAUCACCCCAAAACUUGUUGAUAUUUUUCUACUAUUAACCCAAAAUCAAAUUAAAACUUUGAGGGGUCAAACUAAACGAAGCAAAAUUAAUGGCAUAUAAAACAUGAGACACGAAACUAUUAACCCAAAAUC